UCUUCAUCCCACCUCCAAAAGUUUGAUCUUUGCUUUAUGAAGCACAACAUAACCUGCUCAAUUCACAUUUCAGGAGACGGUGCAGGAGUCUGGACCGAUCUGGAUCCCAGACCUCUAUUAGAUUUAACCGAGUCUGAGGGUUAUUCAGAAUCACCUCUACAAAUCACAGAAACAUGCUCUGACUUCAAAGGAGACCUGUGUCCUACAGGGUCUUACUGCCCAGUGGGUUCGUCUCUUCCUCAGCCCUGUGAUUCAGGCUCUUACUGUAAUCAGACUGGCCUGCACACUCCUGCAGGCCUCUGUUUUGCUGGAUCCUUCUGCCCCACUGGCUCCUCAAAUCCCAGUGCUAUGUUUUGUCCUCCUGGACACUACUGUCCCCGGGGCACACCACUACCCCUGCCCUGCCCACAAGGCACUAUGAGGAGCUCUGCUGGAGGAUCCAGUUCAGAUGAUUGCCUAGAAUGUCCACGAGGACAUUUCUGUGAGAAAAGAGGCCUAACUGAGCCCUCUGGUCUGUGUUCUGAUGGCUAUUAUUGCCCUGGAGGACAGAACACAUCCAGACCACCAGAGUAUGUGUGUGGUGCAGGCCACUUCUGUGAAAGAGGCAGCAUCAUAGAGAGGCCGUGUUUCCCAGGUAGCUUCCAACCCAGUCUAGGCCAGCGUAGAUGUGAGAUGUGCCCUGCCCGCUUUGUCCUGAAAAUGGUAUGA